AACGGAAAUGUGACGAAUGGGUUGUAGCUGGUGUUCAAUGCCUGUCUUCUGGACUGUUCUGAGACCAUUAUGUUUUGGAGUUUUCUCCGGUGACAGUCUUCAGAUCCUUCGAUAGUCGACACAAACUCUUACACCUUCCAAACAGCAUCAUUGCUUUGAAGAAUUACUGAAUUAGAAUAGUGCUGAGACUUGAGUAUGGCGAAGCAGAAACAUCUCAACACUCUUUUCAUGCAAUUGCUCAUUCUCUUCUUCUGUGCUUUCUCUGUUUCGGUUUCUGCGAGAAUCGUGCCUCUGUUGCAGAGCUAUGCGAAACCCAUUUUCAGAGCAAACUUUCACACUGUUUACGACACUUCAAAAUACGGUGUGUUUCAACUGAGUAAUGGGUUGGCUCAAACACCUCAGAUGGGAUGGAAUAGCUGGAACUUCUUCGCGUGCAAUAUCAAUGAAACGGUCAUUAAGGAAACUGCUGAUGCACUAGUAUCAACGGGGUUGGCUGAUUUAGGUUAUGUGUACGUCAACAUAGAUGAUUGUUGGUCUUCUGUGACAAGAAAUCUGAAGGGUCAACUGGUUCCUGAUCAUAAGACAUUUCCAUCAGGAAUCAAAGCUAUAGCAGAUUAUGUACAUGAAAAGGGACUAAAGCUUGGCAUAUAUUCUAGUGCUGGGGUUUUUACAUGUCAAGUCCGGCCAGGAUCGCUUUUCUAUGAAGGUGGUGAUGCAGAUUUAUUUGCUUCUUGGGGUGUAGAUUAUUUGAAGUAUGACAAUUGCUUCAAUCUGAACAUCCCUGCAAAGAAACGUUAUCCUCCUAUGCGUGAUGCUCUCAAUGCAACAGGGCACAAAAUUUUCUAUUCAAUCUGUGAAUGGGGUGUUGAUGAUCCCGCCUUGUGGGCAGACAAGGUUGGUAACAGUUGGCGCACAACCGAAGACAUCAAUGAUUCAUGGGCAAGCAUGACAACCAUUGCUGAUCUUAAUGAUAAGUGGGCUGCAUAUGCUGGUCCAGGAGGAUGGAAUGACCCAGAUAUGUUGGAAGUUGGCAAUGGUGGCAUGACUUACCAGGAAUACCGUGCUCACUUCAGCAUAUGGGCUUUAGCAAAGGCUCCUCUAUUGAUUGGUUGUGAUGUAAGAAAUUUGACUCCUGAAACACUUGAGAUUUUGAGCAAUAAAGAAGUCAUUGCAAUAAACCAAGACUCACUUGGAGUCCAGGGAAGGAAAGUUCAAAUUGCUGGAGCAGAUGGCUGCAGACAGGUUUGGGCAGGCCCUUUGUCAGGAAAUCGAUUGGUUGUUGCUCUCUGGAAUCGGUGUACAAAAGUUGCUACUGUAACAGCUUCAUGGGAAGCACUUGGGCUUGAAUCUGGGGUUCAUGUUUCUGUGAGGGAUUUGUGGCAGCACAAGGUAGUAACUGAAGAUGCAGUGUCAUCAUUCAGUGCUCGAGUUGAUAUUCACGACUGUCAACUGUACAUUUUCACUCCAUUUACAGUAUCUCACUCUGUAGAGUAGCUCAUACACCUGUUAUGUAUGGAUAUAUCUAUUGAAGGAGAAGUUGAUGCAACGUCCAUUUUGGAUUCGCUGCUUUUAUGAAAGUAAACUAAAUAAUAAACCUCUGCAUGUUUUAUUUUCUACUCCUGUAUCAUUUAUUGGUCACACGCUAAAGUUAAAAUAUUCCAUAUCUUGGUGUUUCCAUCUCAAAUAAAAUGUGUACAAGAUGGCCCGCAGCUCAUGUAUCAUGAUCACAUGGUUUGUCCUAAAUGUGGAUGUAAAUGGAUUUAUGAUGUUUUUGAAACUGUUAUG